AUACAGUAGGCAUAUAGACAGUGCUACGUUGGGACACUACAGCCUGACCUUUUGAUGUUUUUAUUAGAGGCCUACCCAUCUAAAAACGUUCACCUUUACAGUAACAUAUCAGAGUUCAUGUGUAAAAUAUUCAUUCCCUUUAAUUAUUCCCAACAUCUCUCAGACACAUUUAAUAUGAGGCGCAUCAUCGAGUCUCCAAUUUCCUCUGGAGGAUGCAACCAGUACCGAAUUACAUGCGCAAUCCUGCCGUGAAUCAGACAUCACCACGGUAACCGAACGGUAUUCACCAUUCUCUGCUUUACCCGUGAACGUCCGCGAGGCAACCCUACAGAUCGUCAUCCUCGCACGCAAUUAGUCAGGCAGGCAGACAUGGUGAAGCUGGGCAGUAACCUGGCUGAUAAGCUGGAUAAAGAACAGUCUAUGGACGAUGGCUUUGAUAACAUCCCUCUCAUCACCCCUCUGGAGGUGAACCAGCUGCAACAGCCAUACUUAGACAAGGUAAUCGUGAAGACCACAACAGAGUAUCAGCUGCAGCAGAAGAAAAAGAAGAAGCUGUACGUGCCGGGAAUCAAGAAGCUGAAUAUAAAACUGUACAACGAGGUAUCAGAGAAGGUCAAGCUCACAGGUUUGAUCCUCAUCACCCUUGGGUUCCUGGCUUGUCUUGUCCUGCUGAUCAUGUACAAGGCUCUGUGGUACGAUCAACUUACCUGCCCAGAGGGCUUCAUUCUCAAGCACAAGCACUGCACCCCAGCAGCAGUCCUGGAGCCCUGGUACUACACAGAGCAGCAGCAGCAGCAGGAGGACCCAGGCGUGCCCCCCCGCUCCAGCAGUCUCUACACCGCCCUGGGUCACCUCAACCAGGCCAAGAGGACCGCCGCCGGCGGCAUCAUCCCCGAGCUGCCCCCGUCACCAUGGUUCCCCGUCAUCAACGCCCUGAAGCAAGCCGAGAGGGCCAAAGAGGAGGCGAGUCGUUCGAAGGAGUGAGGGAUGGAGGGAUUUCCAGAGGGAAAGGGUUUAGGAAGUGGGUGAUCAAGGUAGAAGGGAAUAUGGGAUUUCCAAAAGGAAGAGGGGAUGGAGAUGAAGAUGGGUGGAAAAAGUGUUGUUUACUUGGUGGAGUUGACUGUGAGGUAUUGUGGGUAACGCUCCAAAUGUCUGUUUAGGUGGCAGCGAUUGUGACUCAUUUGCAGUAAAAUUAAUCUCCCUAUGACGUUAUCAGUGAAGACCACCGCCUUGUGUUAUGUGUGUGCGCGCCUGUGCGAGCGAGAGAGAGAGAGAGAGAGAGAGAGAGAGAGAGAGAGAGAGAGAGAGAGAGGUGAGAGAGAGGUGAGAGAGAGAGAGAGAGAGAGAGAGGUGAGAGAGAGGUGAGAGAGAGAGAGAGAGAGGUGAGAGAGAGAGAGGUGAGAGAGAGAGAGAGAGAGAGAGAGAGAGAGAGAGAGAUGUGCGUGUGAGAAGCGUUGGAGAACUGAACAUAUAACAAGAUUCCCUGAAAUUCUCACUAGAUUGUCCUUAUCAGACUAACAUGUUUUGAGGUUUUGAGAGUAUCAUUAGUAAUGUGGUCUUACAAGGUUCAGUGUUAUUGCAUUUAGAUGGAACUCAACAUGGUUUUUGUAGAUGUUUACAAACACAUUACUGGAAUAAAACGUCUUGUUCUAUUCAGGAAGCACACAGCUCACAUUAAUUUAGAAACCUGAUUGUAAAAAACGUAUUUACCAUGCCUUUUUUUCUCAGUAGAUUUCCCAGCAACUCUGAACAAUUUGUGUAUGAGGAUUUUGGUACAAUUGGGUACGCGGAACUUGUAUAUUUUCGGGUGGAAGAUAGUCAAAUGGGUUGAUGUUAUUUCAAUGCAGAUGAUUUCGAUUGUAGUAGACUAGCAGCUGUGCAGGUAGGAUUCAUGUUUCAGAAUUAAUAUUUUAACAGAACAAUAACUACCUAGAGUAUCUGUAUCUUUGUGUUUUCUAGUAUUUAUUUAAUUACUUAUUUAUUAUGAGCUUACUUUUUUUCUUAAGCAAUUUAUUUGACAUUUGUUUGAUUUGGGUGAAAAGCUGGAAGGAUUUCUUUGGGGAUUUUUUUAAAAUAGUGAAUAAAAUGCAAAUUCAAUUCACAUCAAGUUUGCAUUAAUCCUAAUUCAUCAUAACAACUGGCAGUAUUUUCACCAUGGAUCAGAUUGUAAAUAUGAAUGUGAUACUGUCAUUAUGUCACCAUUCACCACCCAGUGUUAAUAAACCUUGUUCCGUUCUGAGUGCCAAACGUUUGUGUCAGACCCAUCAAUAAAGUGUUCAGCUUUA